AUGCUGCCCUCCCCAUGGCGCCUGGUGUGCAGUGGCUGCAAACAGCAGCCUCCUGGCCUUAGAGUCCAGACAGGGAUGCGAGAUGCUUUGGGGAAGUCCCAGGGCACUGUGGCCAGAGUCCACAUUUGCCAGGUCAUCAUGUCCAUCUGCGCCAAGCUGCAGAACAAAGAGCAUGUGAUCGAGGCCCUGCGCAGGGCCAAGUUCAAAUUCCCUGGACGCCAGAAGAUCCACAUCUCCAAGAAGUGGAUCUUCACCAAGUUUAACGCAGAUGAAUUUGAAGACAUGGUGGCUGAAAAGUGCCUCAUCCCAGACGGCUGUGGAGUCAAAUACAUCCCCAACUGCGGUCCCCUGGACAAGUGGCGGGCCCUGCAUUCCUGAGAGCCUCAGAGGUGUCCCUUAAUCAAUUACAAUAAAUCAAGAUCCUGCUUUAAA